UGAGAGACACUACCCAAAGUUGACCUUCUCCCUUCUUCCCGAACUGUCAAAAGCCUCCGACAUCACAUUUUAUCAAAUAUUUUAUCAAAAUGCAGUCGUCCAACAGCAGCUCGGACCCCAAACGCAGCGACAAAAUAGUCAGGUACAAACCUCCAACACAAGGGUACACCAGGAGCCCCCAGGUGAAAGAUCCAACAACAGAUUACAUGAACGUUCGCAUGAUUUUCAGCAUGUGUGGACUUAUGAUGAGGUUGAAGUGGUGUGCGUGGGUUGCACUUUAUUGUUCCUGCAUCAGCUUUGCAAAUUCUAGGGUCAAUGAUGACACUAAACAGAUGCUUAGCAGCUUCAUGUUGUCAAUCUCUGCUGUAGUGAUGUCAUACCUUCAGAACCCACAGCCUAUGACUCCUCCAUGGUCCAAUAUAUAACGGAAAGAAAAAUCCUUAUUAUUCAGAGGUACUUGGAGUUAUAUCUUGGGUAAUUGUAAGUUUGUUAUCAAGGAAUGCCAUUUGUUAAAAAUAUUUCUGUGUUAGUAAGUAGUUUAACUAGAACAUUGAGUUGAACAUCUUGAUGUGGUAUGGCUGGCCAAGAUCAUUGGUGAAAUUACCAUAUUUCUAAAGUUUUUGUUUCAUUUUGGUAAUCUGAGAUUACAGUUUUGUAUUUCUAGUGCUUGUUUAAUGUGGAAUACAUUUUUCUUUUAAUCAUUACUGACUUACGGUUAUGUUAAUUCUCUUGUUAACCUGACAUGAAAAAUGAAAAACAUUGGAAUGAGGGCAAGAUUUUCCAGUUGGUAAACUGAACUCAAAAACAUACACAGUAAGAAUUGCAAAAUGGGAAAAUUUUUAUAUAUAAAUACAGCAGAAGAAUGCUAGAGAGAGAAAUAAAAGAUAAAAAAUAUGAUAAAAUAAAAAA